GCGGCGCAGGGCAGCCGCGCGGCUGUCGGCACCAGCUGCAGCUGCCCGCGCCUCCCGCUGCCCGCGCCUCCCGCUGCCCGCACCUCCAGCUCCGCCGCGGUCCCCGCGGCUACCCGAGUACCGCCCGCAGCUCGCGGCGCUGGAGCCCCAGGAGACGGGAAAGUUCCCGGCGCGAGCACCGAGAUGCCGGGCAGCGACACGGCGCUCACCGUGGACCGGACGUACUCCGACCCUGGCCGGCACCAGCGCUGCAAGAACCGGGUAGAACGACAUGACAUGACUACUCUAAGCCUGCCCCUAAACAUACGCCGAGGCGGGUCAGACACCAACCUCAACUUCGAUGUACCAGAUGGCAUCCUGGACUUCCACAAGGUCAAACUCAGUGCGGAUAGCCUGAAACAAAAAAUUCUAAAAGUAACAGAGCAGAUCAAAAUUGAGCAGACAUCGCGUGAUGGGAACGUUGCUGAGUAUCUGAAACUAGUCAACAGUGCUGACAAGCAGCAGGCUGGCCGUAUCAAACAAGUCUUUGAGAAGAAGAAUCAGAAAUCAGCUCACUCCAUUGCCCAGCUGCAGAAGAAAUUAGAACAGUAUCACAGAAAGCUCAGGGAGAUUGAACAGAAUGGAGCCUCCAGAAGCUCCAAGGACAUUUCCAAGGACAACCUGAAGGACAUCCAGCACUCUCUGAAAGAUGCCCACGCCAAAUCUCGAACUGCUCCACACACCAUGGAGAGCAGUAAAUCGGGCAUGCCAGGGGUUUCCCUCACUCCCCCUGUAUUUGUCUUCAGUAAGUCCAGAGAGUUUGCCAAUUUGAUCCGGAAUAAGUUUGGCAGUGCAGAUAACAUCGCUCACUUAAAAAAUUCCUUAGAGGAGUUUAGGCCCGAGGCAAGUGCUAGGGGCUACGGUGGCAGCGCAACCAUCGUGGACAAACCCAAGUAUGGCAGCGACGACGAGUGUUCGAGCGGCACGUCAGGCUCUGCAGACAGUAACGGGAACCAGUCAUUCGGGGCCAGUGGAGCUGGCCCACUGGACAGCCAGGGGAAGCUCACCGUUAUCCUGGAGGAGUUGAGGGAGAUCAAAGAUACCCAGACACAGCUGGCCGAGGACAUUGAGGCGCUGAAGGUGCAAUUUAAAAGAGAAUACGGUUUUAUUUCUCAGACCCUGCAAGAGGAGAGAUACAGGUACGAGCGACUGGAAGACCAGCUCCAUGACCUGACGGACCUGCAUCAGCACGAGAUGGCUGACCUGAAGCAGGAGCUGGCCAGCAUCGAGGAGAAGGUGGCCUACCAGGCCUGCGAGCGUUCGCGGGACAUCCAGGAAGCCUUGGAAUCCUGCCAGACUCGCAUUUCUAAGCUGGAGCUGCACCAACAGGAGCAGCAAGCUCUGCAGACAGAUACCGUGAACGCCAAAGUUCUGCUGGGGAAGUGCAUCAACGUGGUCCUGGCCUUCAUGACUGUCAUCUUGGUGUGUGUGUCCACCAUUGCGAAGUUUGUCUCACCCAUGAUGAAGAGCCGCUUCCACAUCCUUGGCACCUUCUUUGCUGUGACUCUUCUUGCAAUAUUUUGUAAAAAUUGGGACCAUAUUCUGUGUGCCAUAGAAAGGAUAAUAAUACCCAGAUGAAGCUGCUGGCUCCCAUCUUCAAGUUUCUUCAAGUUUUUAUUUUAAAGAGAACUCUGUGCAUACUACCAAAUUUUAAAAUGAACAGUUGUGCCAACUGAAGAUUACCAGAAGGACUGGGACUGUGUGUUGUAAAUAACUACAAUUGUCUUAACUCAGUAGCAGUCGCCAGCUCAGUCCCUGUGCCUGGUUAACAUGAAUUUGUUUCGGAAGCUUUCCCCACGUUAUUCGCUGCCUUAAUCAGACCAGAUUUCCUGCCCACCUGACUUGCCCACCAUGGUAGACCUUUGGUUGUUGAGCACUUGGCAUAAUUAGUGGCUCAGAAGAAAAGGGAAUUUCAGUCUCUCUCUCUCUCUCAAGUCUCUAUUAAAAUCAAGCUCACCAUUGUUAGUGGUCACGUUUUCCCUGAGUCCUAUAAGACCAAGGAUGUGGCACGAAUCAGGGAAGGGAAGAAGCCCAGGCAUUGGCUGUGUUGAACACUCAUGGGCAAUGGAAGUGCAGGACAUCCCGGGUAAUCCAUCCCGAUGGUGACAGUUGGCUAUAGGUCCCAUACGUGCCCAGUGUCGACAGUGGUCAUUUAUGUGUGACUCUGUGAUAUGGAAAUCUUAUUUUACACCCAUUAAUUCACCCAAAGUCUUAGUUGCUCUGUUGCACUUUAAACAGCAAGAAUGAGGAUGUGUGAAUGGGGCCUCUGUCUUCGCAUGUCCUCCGAGCCUUACGCGUCCUAACCAGCUAGAAUGCCCGGCCUCCAAAGCACAGAGAGGUGCUUCCAAAUCCCUCAUCAGACUAUGGUUUUUACAUUAAUUGGGGGCUCUGUGAGCACUACUCUGGAGGUUUGUGAUUCAACAAACCCUAAUUUUGAUAAUCCCUUGUGAGGGUGUGAUUCACUUUAUUUGCAGGUCUGUGAGGGGUUGCGAAGCUCACUCAGUAAAUGAAAACACACGAUGCCCGUGUUGCAGGGGUUUUUUUCUUUAAAAAGGAAAACCAAGUCAUAGUUUAUAAAGCUAAUGUGCACUAAGGUAGGAACACUGGAAGCAGGAGGAAAAUGUGACAUGUGUCCAAUUGGAUGGCAGCUACACCUGUGGGAGCAAUUCACCUGGAUGAAGAUUGAGAAGGUCCGCUUAGGACCCUGAAAGACCAGCAAGAAUAAGAUAAAUUAGACUCAGUAUCUGAGCCAAGGUUGCCAUCUGCCUUCUAGGAUGUCACUGGAAAUAAGUCCUAAGAUAACAGUGGCCACAUUUCCCACGUUCCCACAAAGGUAGCAUCUUUGACCUAUUUGGGGGAUGCCAUUCACUGUCUUUAGCCUAGUCAGUACUUUCCUUUUAAUUGUUCCUCUGUCUACACAAAAGGAAACUGCUAUCAAGGGCCUCCCCCCACCACCCACUCUAUUAUCUGAAGGCAUAAAGAUGCAUAUUGGUGUACAUUUUCUUCCAGAAAACAUCAAAUUACCUGGAUUUAAAUUAAGUGCAAUAAUUUGCAAACAGCUGCUUUUAGGGAAAUCUCUUGCAAAAAAAUGUGACUGCCAUGGUUUGAAAGAAAGGAAUAGUCCAGCAUUUGGUACAAGUCCAAAAUGUAUGAGACUCACAACUCAAGUUGUUUUCUUUUUUUAGGUUUACAUUUCAGUGCUUUUAAUCAGUUCGCAAAUGUAUACAGCUGUCACCAUUACCUAACUGUAGAUGAGAACUUUCUCAAACAGUAAACAUGAUUUCAUGAAAUCAUUGGCUAUAAGUAUUUUGGAUUCAGGGAAGGAGUUACUAGCCCCACCCGCAUUUCAUGGUUGUCUCCUUUCACUAUCCAGUUCUCCCUGGGUGACUCCCAAGUUUGCUGUAAAUACACUGCGAUCCAUCAAAUCCAGGGGACAGAGACAGGUUCCAGAUCCAGGGAAGGGAGGGAGAGACAAUGGCGUGCUUCCUUUUGCAUUUACAUUUCCAUGGCCAGCAUUGCCUUUGCCUGUGGGCAUCAGCCUCCAUGAGGCCUGAGGGCUGGAUGUAACUUACAGGCGCGCAUCACGCUGGGUUCUGGGUGGGCUCCUCUUGAUGUCUGAAUCUCUCAGCACACUUUGGACAUGUCGGGGUCUGGGAUGGGCUGGUAGUUUAGCCCUGAGGUAAGGGCUCUGGGGGUGUCUAGGAAGACACAGGCUUCCUGCCACCACAUGCCACUCCGUGGCUCAGCCCAGCGUGUUUGCUGUGACACUUCCCGGACCUGUGAUCAGUGUGUGCUCCCCAGUGAGAGAGGUGAAGGAAAGGGAAGCAGCACACUCCACCCCCUGCAGUCUGGAGCAUUGAACAAGCUGCAGGGAACUGGCCGUUCCGAAAUAGUGUAGCACCUAAAUCAUUGCACUUCGGUAUGAACUCUUUUUACAGAAUUCCUAUUUUCAGUGAUUCUCAUUAGAAAUCAGAUAAGCUUGUUUUCAUUUGGAUAUGCUUAACCUACACAGAAUAUUUAUUUCAGAGUUUAGUUGAAAGUUCAUAAAGCUUUCUAAUAGAUGAUAUACCCCAAGGGCACUUUUACUCUCUGUGGUUUAUUAUUCUCUUCUGAAGGAAUAAACUCUCCCACUGCUUGUUUUCUGCACUGCUGAAGGAAAUUAAAUAAAAUGUUAUAAGUAUGCAAAUAAAACAGUGAUCAAGCUAUGAUACAUCCUGGAACUGAAUAUUUAAGUCAAUUAAUCCCUUUUCCUCACCUUGCAUUGGUAGUAAACACCUUGUGCAUUCCCACUAAGGAUGAAAGCCAGUUGUGGGAGGGGCGAGCACCUGCUCAUCCAGUGAACUUACUGAGUCAUUUAGGUAUUGGACAUUGGAUUCUAGCACUGGAAUUUUUGGUGACAUUAUUUUCAUGAUUGCCAAGAUAAUGAUAGUUCUCUGAGGAUGAAACAAAAACCUAAAAAUACUCCCUUAUGGAUUUUGAGUUGGCUAUUCCAGCUUAUAUUUUUAGUAUAAUUAAGCCAGAGCAAAACACUUUCCCUAAAUAAAUAAAUAAAUAAAUAAAUAAAUUUAAAGCCAUAAUGAGGCAGUAAAUGUAAGUCCUGUAUUGCUGAUUUGGGGCAGUGAAAGUUGCCAGUGUGCACUAUGAUCUCUCAGUGAACAAAUCUGAAACUCCUCCUAUUCUUUCAGCCCAUGUGCUCUGAGCCCUCUCUGCCACUUGGCAUCCCUGUGAUUUUAGCCCCUCUCCCACUUUGUCAUUCUUGUUUUCAUUGAAAUAUUGCCCCACUGUGUAUGUUUAUUACCCUGCCAUUCUUGUAGCGUAUCAGGUUUAAUUAUGGGUUCGAUAAUAGUGCCAGGAACUCGCUCCCCUCGGGCAACUAAUUACUUUUGUCCUUUUUGUUUGGAUUUUAAAUACCAAAUUAUUUUGCAUUGAAUGGGAACCUUUGUAGUGAAACCAAAUACAGUUGUAUUAGUUUGGAAAAACAUUUAAUUAUUAAUGUGAACAUAAGUGAUUAAAUAAACCUAUUUUGCAUAUUUCUAUAAUUGUGAGGAAAUGGUGGUAGGACAGAGUGUCAUUUAAAAUUCAGGGCUUUAUCUGGAGAGGUAUUUCUAGAAGUUUAGCAUAUGUGCUAAGGAAAGAGUUGAUCUAAAAAAAAAAGUCACUGAAAACAGUGAGAUUGGCCUGUUUACAUCAGAAGUAGUUAAGCUUUAAAAAAUGGUAUAGUUAAUAAGAGUUUGAAAUCCAUAAAAUAUAAAGCAGAAUUAACCUACAAUUUCUAAAGUCACUACAAUUUUUCUGUUUAUAAGAAGCUGGAAAGUAAUGUACCUGAAUUGUUUUAGGAAUGAUUUAUGUGUUGCAAUUUUAAUUUAUGUAUUUAAAGCAUGUCUCACUGUGUUUGUCCUAAGAGAAAUGUUUCAAAAAAGUGUGCUCUGUAUUUAAGAUAUGUUUAAGCAGUAUAUAGUGGUUCUGAAAGUAAAAACUGGAAAUGUUUAUUGUGAGAUCCAUUGCAUAAUUUCCAUUUUGUGGGAUACUAUAUCGUUUCAUGUCAGCCUAAAAUUGUAAAUUCUCUGUUGAUCACCCCAUUCAAAGCUGGUGCCAUUAUUUUUUUUUAAAUAAACACUUGAUGUUAGCUUUGAUGUUAAAUAAA